AUGGGAUUUCCAGGCUGUCGGCACUGCUUCAAAACGGCCUCAGGAUGCGCCCGCUGGCCAUCUACCUGCUCAAGAGUAAGAAGCCAAGAAGCUGCGCCUCGGUGCUGACGCGAGAGGUGCCAUUGGCACAAUCAUACAAGAGGUGACGCCAGAAGGUGCGCGCACAAACAUAUUCAGUAAAUGUGGUUUCAAAAACGUUCCUUCGCUUUUGUCCUGCUCCUUAGGUGACGUAUUGAUGGAGUGGCGAUCAUGGGACCAUCUGCCGCUAAGCAUUUGGGAGACCAACAUUCUUAUUGUUAACGGGAUGUGGGACCUUUUCCACUCAAAUUGUGAGCGACUCGAAAUCUUCUGCAUUCACGUCGUUUCGAAUUCUGGAAUACUUUGCAUUCGAUAGCACUUGGGGAGGCUGAGAAUGGCAGCAUUCUCCUUUCGUAACCGGCAGUUUGUCUUGCUUGGUCCCAAUCGGUAUAGCACAGAUGUGUGUGGGUGUGUGUUUCUUUACCAGGAUGAGGAGAAUGAAUCAAGUCGCAAAAAUCCAUAGGUGUGAAAAGCUGGGCCGUCCGGAUAAUCGCUUGUGUCCCUGUGUGCACUACAGGGAUAUCGACGAGGUCCUGUGGCGUCUCGGAGGGAAGGAUGGCGACUUCAAGUAAUGGCAAGUGAUUGGAGCACAGUGCCGAUAUCCGAGUCCGAAUUUCGUUUCAGGAUCUUCAACGACAAAAGAGGCCAGUUCGUGGGGCAACAUGACGUGAGAGAGAUCGAGGAAUCUCAGAUUACUAUGUUCGAUAACUCAGUGAGGAAUGAUAAGAGCUCCGGAAGUGCUCGAGGUCUCCAAUACCAAUUGUCGUUCGAUUCCGACGGUCGUCCAACCAAGGCACGGUUGGUGAAUGCAUAUGAUACCGGCAUCCGUUCUUUCGCGAUGGGCAGCUACAGGCGAAUGCCGAAUGGCAACGGUGUGUAUUGUCUGGGUCUGAGAAAAAACAAGAACGGAGCAGUAGGGAUUCCGUUCUACAUGGAGGUAACAAGCGAUGGGGAAGAGUUAAUCCGGAUGGAGUGGUCAACUCCUCACACAUUUACGUACCGCACCGUCAAGGCUCCCUGGACCGGGACCCCCAUGUGGUCACCCACAGCCCUCCUGGAUGAUAACAGUCCAGCUAAGGCCCUUCGGCUUCACUUCAGCUGGAAUGGCGACACUCAAACCCACAUUUGGCGGAUCGUUACAGGCAAAAGUUUCGGAGAAAAAUUGACCGAGGCAUUCGCCGACGUGAAGAAACAGCAGUUCGAACACUGGGUUGAUGUGCCGGGUGGAGGUAAGAGGUGUCAGUACUUCCAAGCUGUGGCUCUCAAUGAAAAGGGGAAGGAAAUUAGCCGAUCAGAAGAAGUCAAGACAAAGCCGUGCAGGUGA